AUACGCACAACAUAUUGAUAAUAAAUAUUAUGCACGCAGUGACCGUCCGGCUGAUCGGCCUUUUCAUUUUUAUUUCCGUUACCGGCAGCUUCAUUUCUCUUGCCUUUCUUCUUAGUUUCGUUCUUUUUACAAACACAUUGACGGAGACAAAGAGAGGCAGUAAUGGUUGCACCUGCCUUCUCUUUCUCUUCUCUUCCUCUCUUUGUUCCACUAUUUCUAUGCUUCUUCCUUGCCCACCAUGUGACCCCUUUUAAAGGUGUUGACAUGGGGAAUCCUGCAGUAGAUGUCACACCAUAUCCCCUUGCCGAUGUUCCUGGGUCCAAAGAUGUUAUAUCAUGUGAAAGAGUUCAGGUUUCUGGAUACUCAAGAUUGAAACUUGGGAGUUAUGCCAAUUCAUUUCGGGUCACUUUGGCUCCUUCUGUGGUAAUCCCUGAGAGAUUACAUAGUAAAAUCCAGGUUUGUUUUCACCGGAAUAUUUCGCUCGCAUUAUGUCAGUGUGAAAAGGAUGAGUGGAAGGCUAUUCAGAAGGGGGGAGUUUGGAGCUCAGUCAUGUCUCCAUAUGAGGAGAGAUACAUUGAUGUGAAGUUUGUUGGUGGAGUCUCAGGUUCUGUUUCGGUUGCAGUUGAAGAAGAUUUUCAGAGAUGGCGUCUCCUUUGUCUAGCAGUUGGAUUUGUUCUGCUGCUGUUAGCUCCAGUUGUCAGCCACUGGGUUCCUUUUUAUUAUAGCAGUUCAAUGGCUAUAGGAGUUUUUCUUGUCAUUAUAAUCCUUCUCUUUCAGGGAAUGAAACUGUUGCCAACAGGAAGGAAGAAUGUCUUGUAUCUUACUAUAUAUGGAUCAGUGCUUGGUGCUGGAUCUUUUCUUCUACAUCAAUUCUCGGUGCUGGUGAAUUCUAUUCUUGUCAGUUUUGGACUAAGUGAGGAGAUGCACAAUCCCGUCUCUAUAUUUCUACUGGUUGGGAUUGUACUUGCAGGAGCUGCUUUAGGGUACUGGAUUGUAAGGAAAUUUGUGAUUUCAAAAGAUGGAACUGUUGAUGUUGGUGUAGCUCAAUUUGUUAAAUGGGCAAUGCGCAUCAUUGCAACCACUUCUAUUUUCCAGAGCACCCUUGAUACUCCUCUAGCAUUGGGAGCAUUGGUUUCUUGCUGCACUGUGUGCUGUCUCAUCACUUCUUCAAAGUGGCUUGGAAGUGGUCUGCAUCAAUCAAGACAGUCGACAAGAAAGCAUGGUCAUGCUGAAUUUCUUAGCAGAUCACCUGUAGCUGUUUCCAGGAGGAAUUUGUGGAAUAGCUCAAGUCCUAUGAUUUCUCCUUCGUGGUCUAACUCUCCUGUUAAUGGUGUGAUUUCGCCAUAUGCUGGUGAAGGGAUAAUCAAUCAGCAGAAUUACUAUUCAGCCUUUCACAAAAUAAAGAAAAGGAAGUUUACAAAGCAAGAAUGGGAGGAUUUUACCCGUGAAUCAACGCGGCAAGCAGUUGCAGAAUUGACAGCAUCACCAGAGUUUACGGAUUGGAUCAUUGAUCAUGCUGACAGAAUUAAACUCCUACCAAGUGAUAGUUCAGAUGAAUCAGUGGGAAGUGAAACAGAUUCUACAGAUGAGAAUGCUGCGGGGAGAAGUAACGGGUUUAGGUUGUUCGGCUGGUAGGGAAUGAAGCAGAAGAAGAUGAUACUGUUCUGUUGCACAUUUAACAAGUAAAUAGUUGUAGGAAAUUAUCUUGAGAAUGAGUUUUAGGAGUGACUUAGGUUAGGUUUGUAGCACAUUUGGUAACAAAUUAACCGGCCUUGUAACGAUUAUUAUGUUUCUUCUAAACAUGAUCUAUGCAAAUUUGUGGAAUUGCAUUACUGGGAUUA